UGUGAAAAUGUAAUAUAAAUAAAUUGGAAGAGUCCGCAUGAAGGAAGGCAUAAGUAGUGUGUUCCCUAAUAUUUGAACAUAUUUGCGUUGGCCAAAUAUAAGAAAAUGAUCAUAGCAGUGGCCACUCCCACUCUCCAAAUCACUACUCACGUUUCUCAAGCACGCGGUCGUAGGCCAAGCAAAUCUUUUGCCUUCCAUUUAACGCCAGGCGUAUCUUAAUUAAUUCUACACAUUUUCCAAAUUUGUUUUUUUUUUUUUUUUUGUAUAUAAGUAAGUCCCAAGUCCUUCCUCCACUUCAGAACUUAAUUAACCAUUUCCACAUACUAAUUACAUAUAUAUAUAAAUCUUGUUUUCUUCUGCUAAUAUCGACAAAUGGCGAGUUGGAUAGUUUUCUCAGGCUUUGGCGCUUGUUCCUUGUUAGUAAUGCUAGCCGUAGCAUUUGAUCCUAGUCCUCUUCAAGAUUUUUGUGUUGCAGAUACAUCAAGACCAGCGUUCGUGAAUGGUCUGGCCUGCAAGGAUCCAAAAAAGGUUACAGCCGAUGAUUUUCUGUUGAGCGGGUUUCACAUAUCAGGCAACACUUCGAACCCAAUAGGGUCAGCAGUGAAGGCAGUUACGGCAUCAGAAUUGCCAGGACUCAAUACUCUUGGAAUUUCACUUGUUCGCGUUGACUAUGCCCCGAGAGGAGUCAACCCUCUUCACACUCACCCUCGUGCCUCGGAGAUCUUGACCGUUCUUGAAGGAAGUCUCGAAGUCGGUUUCAUCACGUCAAGCCCCGAGAACCGUCGGAUCACAAAGGUUCUUGAAAAGGGUGAUGUGUUCGUCUUUCCUGUUGGUCUUGUCCAUUACCAGAAGAAUGUUGGCCAUGGAAAUGCUGUGGCCAUUGCAGCCCUCAGCAGCCAAAAUCCCGGCGUGAUUAUAAUCGCUGGCGCUGUGUUUGGCUCAAAUCCUGAAAUGUCCGAAGACGUUUUGGCUAGGUCUUUCCAACUUGAUAAAAAUGUUAUCAAUUAUCUGCAGACCAAGUUCUAGAUCAACCACACAGUAACAGUAGAAAUUAAACAGAGGAUUGUGUGAUACAAAAAUUAAAUCGUUACACUACACUAGCUUUUGGUCUAAUCAUUCAUGUGUACUCUUACAUCGUGAUUCGGUCAAAAGCAAAUACCAAUGAAAACAUUGGGAAAAUGCAGGAAUUGUGUCUUUUAAGAUAUGUUGAAUCAUCUGAUAAAAAAAAAGAAAGAUAUUCUCACUAUCACAUGUCCAAAUGUUGAAUUUGACAAUUUGUUCUUGCAUGUUUCCUGGGAAAUUCACUUGUUUGGGCUUAGGUGAAGUGGCAGAGAUCAGUGGGUUAGUGACAAAUUUCCGUUUAUGUGAACAUUACAAUAACUAUCAUAAUAACAAAUAGGGGAAAUUACAUUUUUAAUAGAGUGGGCAAAAAUAUGGGUUUUUAAAAAAAAAAGUUAAUCUAUGUCUUUUUUUUUUUAAGAAUUUUCACUUUUAUGAGUUGGUUUAUGCCAUAGUUUUACUCUUAAUCAAAUUUGGAAGGGUAUGUUUGUAAUUUGAUUAUUAUUUUUUCAGGUUAUUUAUUUUUUUAUAUUGUUUUUAUAUGACUAAUUUUAUAGUAAAUUUUUCUUUGGUUGUUUUGCGAAUUUUAUUUUGCAAUAUGAGUUGUUUUUAAAAUUAUUAUUUAUUUAUUAUAAACAUGUUUUUUUUAAGAUUGUAUAUAUUUUUUUUCAAAUCCUGAGUAGGGUAACCAGUUACUUGAUUGAUCUUAAAAAAAAUCCCUAGAGCUAGGUUAAAUAAUAUGCACUAGGAGGGGUAACUAGUUAUCUUGAGAUGAGUAACUUUCUGCCAUAAGAGGGGUAACCAGUUACCUAAGAGGGGUGACGAGUUACUCAUAUUAAGUAUGAAAAUAAACAUCAAAUUUGAAGGAAAAAAUGGAAGAACACUUCAUUAAAAAAGGAUG